UUAGUUUCCCUCUCAAACGGAGAGUAAAGUCCUCACAUUUUCCACUCUAGGGCUAAUCUCAAUUCUUCAUCUUCUUCAACCUCUGGUUUCUGUAAAUUCAAACCAAACACUUAUCACCUUCCCCACGUCCCUCAAUUUCGGAUUCAUUCAUAAAGAUUCACCCUUUACCUUUUUGGAUUGUGUUUUUGUUUUGUCGAGUGUGGUGAAUCGAUUACCCAAAAUUUCUUGGUUUCAGGGUCAGUCUAGUCUCUGUGUUUUUCCUUUCAGUCUGUAACGAUGGAGGUAAGUUUGACAGCGGGGGCAAUCGGGAAGAUAAUGAGUGGAGAAGUGACGAAGGAGAUAGAUAUGAUGCCGGUGUUGCAAGUGACGGAAGUGAGGCAGAUUAAGAGUCAGCAAGAGCCAGUGAGAGAGAGGUUUAGGAUGUUGGUAUCAGAUGGGACACAAUUGCAUCAGGGAAUGCUCGGGGCUGAUCUGAACCAUCUUGUGAAAUCAGGAACUCUCCAAGCCGGUUCCAUUGUUCGCCUUACUAAAUUCCUCUGUAAUGUCAUCAAAGAUCGAAGGAUUGUUAUUAUAAUGCAAGUGGAUGUGAUUACAACGAAAGCUGAUAUAAUUGGACAUCCUGUUCUAGGAGGAAAGACUAAUGAUCAACGGGUAGCGGAUUCUAGUAAUAAGUCAAAUGCUACUGGUUUUGAGCAACAGGGUAGGAGUGAACCGAUUGCUAGCUGUCAAAUUAACAAUACUGAGACAGGGAGAAGCAAUGCUGCUAUUUCACCAGAAGUUGGUCAUAGACAAGGGUUUGGUGCUGGUUCUAGUGUUCCUACAUCAACACCUUCCACUUGGGCAUACAACAAUACCGAGACAGGGAGAAGCAAUGCUACUAUUUCAUCAGAAGUUGGUCAAAGACAAGGGUUUAGUGCUGGUUCUAGUGUUCCUGCUUCAGCACCUUCCACUCGGGCAUACAACACUCCCGAGACAGGGAGAAGCAAUGCUGCUUUUUCACCAGAAGUUGGUCAGAGACAAGGGUUCGGUGCUGGUUCUAGUGUUCCUGCUUCAGUACCUUCCACUCGGGCAUACAACAAUCCAUCUGCAGGUCAGGGAGUCCCUAGGCAGGACCAUGCUCGUGAUCCUCCAACUAGUUAUCCUCCUCGUCAGCCUGCUUAUCAGCCGCAGAUACCACCACCGAUGUAUGCAAACAGGGGACCAAUGGCAAGGAACGAAGCACCUCCUAGGAUAAUCCCAAUUAAUGCUCUUAGCCCGUACUCGGGUAGGUGGACCAUCAAGGCCAGAGUCACAAAUAAAGCAGGGCUUAGGCAAUACAGUAAUCCCCGUGGGGAGGGGAAAGUAUUCAGCUUUGAUCUUCUUGAUGCUGAUGGUGGAGAAAUACGGGUCACUUGUUUUAACGCUGUGGCUGAUCAAUUCUUUGACCAGAUCGUUGUUGGUAAUGUUUAUCUGAUUUCGAGGGGAAGUUUGCGGCCUGCUCAGAAGAACUUUAAUCAUCUUCCCAAUGAUUACGAAAUCAUGCUGGAUAAUGCAUCAACUAUAAAACAAUGCUAUGAGGAGGAUGCUGUCAUUCCACGCCAUCAGUUCCAUUUCCGUAUCAUAGGUGAUAUUGAAAGCAUGGAGAAUAACAGCAUCAUCGAUGUAAUUGGUAUUGUGUCGUCUAUCAGUGCUACUGUAGUAAUAAUGAGGAAAAAUGGAACUGAAACACAGAAAAGAUCACUUCAGUUGAAGGAUAUGUCAGGCCGAAGUGUCGAGGUAACUAUGUGGGGUGACUUCUGCAAUGCCGAAGGACAGAGGCUGCAAAAUCUUUGUGAUUCUGGUGGGUUUCCGGUACUUGCUGUUAAGGCGGGCAGGAUCAGUGAAUUUAACGGAAAGGCAGUGAGCACCAUUGGAUCAAGUCAACUGUUCAUUGACCCAGAUUUUGUUGAAGCCCAGAAACUGAAGGACUGGUUUGAGAGAGAAGGAAAAAGUGUCCCUUGCAUCUCCAUUUCUAGGGAGUUUACCGGCAGUGGCAGAGUAGAUGUUCGCAAAACAAUUUCUCAGAUUAAAGAUGAGAAGCUAGGGACCUCAGAAAAACCAGACUGGAUUACAGUCAGUGCCACUAUUAUAUACACGAAGUUUGACAACUUCUGCUACACAGCUUGUCCUAUCAUGAAUGGUGAUCGGCCAUGCAGCAAAAAGGUCACAAGCAAUGGAGAUGGCACAUGGACUUGUGAAAAGUGUGAUAAAAGCGUUGAUGAAUGUGACUACAGGUAUAUACUGCAGCUCCAGAUACAGGACCAUACGGAUCUUACCUGGGUCACAGCAUUCCAGGAGGCUGGUGAAGAUAUAAUGGGCAUGUCUGCUAAAGAAUUGUAUCAUGUGAAGUAUGUAAGUGAAGAGGAGGAAAAAUUCGAAAGUAUCAUCCGUAAUGUUGCUUUUACCAAGUACAUCUUCAAGCUGAAGGUAAAAGAAGAAACAUUUAGCGACGAACAGCGUGUAAAAGCAACAGUUGUGAAAGUGGACAAGGUAAACUAUUCAUCAGAUACCAGGACUAUUUUAGAUGCCAUGGAUAAACUCAGGAACAUAGAUGCAACUUCUCUUCCCAUAAAGCCAGAAGGAUCCAAUUACAGUGCUGAGGCAGUAAACACUAGUAUAAGAAGCUCAGGAACCAGAGAUCCUUCAUCAGUCGACAGAAGGGAUUUUGGUUUACAUGCACAUCAAUCGGGUCAAUAUGGGAAUCAGUAUAGUAGUGGCUCUGGGGCUCAUGGUGGUGGUGCUACGAGCUGCAAUGUCUGUGGAAACAGUGGUCAUGUUUCUGCAAACUGUCCAAGCGCUAACGAGCCACAAGGGCAGUACAUGGGAAACUCUUACAGAGGCACGUCUGGAAGUUAUGGAGGAGGAGGACCACCAAGGCAACAUGUUGGAAGCUACUGAGAUUCACAAAUUAUCACCUGAUUUUCUGAACUUUUUUUUGUACACUUUUUGGUUUUGGGAUAAUAAUGAACUAAUAAUGCGUGGCUUUUCUGAAGCCUUUCCAGGUUAUUUAUGCAUAUUUGGUUCUCUGUUUUUUGGUUUAUGCAAAUAUCAAACUCUGUUUGUGAA